UUUUUGAGAAAAGCUCGUUGAUUGUGACAGAUCUGUCGGAGGAUGUCCUUCCAGAUGGUGCUGGUGAUGAUGGUGACGAUGAUGACAGUGUCAGUGUUGCUGUCAGUGUUGCUGUCACUGUAGAUACAUGGAUUUCAAAUAACGGGGAUCGGAGCCCAGAAGACGCGUUCGGUCAUCGGAGCCUCGGAUAUGGUUUCUCCCUGGAAAAUUCAUCUUCUUGUGAGAUUAUUUCUGGAGCAAUAGCAUUGUAAAGCACUAAGCCUUUGUUGACUGGAAAAGUCUUGUAUUGAACAGACAAAUCCGCUCCUGUUUGUUCUGCUGCUCCUGAUUUCUGUGUCCCAGGUUGGGCUUUGGGAGGUCGAUGGAGCAAAGGGAACUCGGGGGGCCCUCCCGAUUGAAGGGGGGUGAUGUUGACUUCUACCCUAGUGGAAGCACCACUGGUCCUGAGGCCCCAGGGAAGGGACUACCCACUGUGGGGGAGCGUCUGGAAGAAGACGAUGAUGAUCUAGGGCUAGGCAGGGAUGUGGAUGCCAACUCAAAUGCGGAUAGCGAGAAGUGGGUGCCAGGUGAUGGGCUGGAAGAGCAGGAGUUCUCCAUCAAAGAGGCGAGCUUCUCUGAAGGCAGUCUGAAGCUAAAGAUACAGACCACCAAACGGGCCAAGAAGCCUCCUAAGAGCCUGGAGAACUAUAUCUGUCCCCCGGAGAUUCGUGUCACCAUCAAACAGCCUGGAGAGCAGAAAACAGCCAAACAGGCGAAGAGCAGCAAGGGUGGCAAGGAUGAGGACAAGGGCCUACCCAAGAAGAAGGUAAAUGAGAAGUCUCUUGGACAAAAUGAAGGUGAUCUUGUAGACUUGCUGGGAGAAACAAUGAAACCAAAGCACCUGCUAAAAAGUUCUUUUAAACAUCAACUGGAUUGGUCUAAGCCACCAGCAGGGGGGUCUUCAUCCCACGGAAUCCUACCAGAUUCUGAUUCUAAAAGAGAACUCGGAAUUAACAAGAUCUCUCACCCAGAUUUGGCAAGCUCCACUGCUAAACCACAGCUCAAAAAGGUUACAGAGACCUCAUCCACAAGUCAGUUUGCUUCUGCAUUAACUAGUCAGAUGAACAGUUCAUUAAUGCAGCCACCUUCUGCAAUGAAUACAUCUCUAUCACCACAACCAGAUAACAGUUUGAUGAUACUGCCAUCUUUAAGCAAAGAAAGAGGUUUGCAGGAGGUGGCUGAUCAAGUUUUCGGUAAUAUCAAGAGGAAGUAUGGACGCAAAGAGACUAUGAGGUGUUCUGUUAGCCACAAUUCAGAUGUACAGUGGAGUAAAAAGGGAGAAAAUGACCCUGAAUUUAAAAGUCAAGCUAUUUCAAAAGACAAGCAAAUACAUGAACCAAAAGAGAAGCAAAUGCAUGACAAAAUAGUUGAACCACCAAACAGAGAGGUUGAGAAUGCUGGAAAGAUUUCUACAGAGAGUGAGGUGCUGUCAGAAUCCAUUUCUCCACAGAUAGAUGAGUCCAAAAUGCCUCCUGGUAAAAAGCGGCAGUACCGGCGAUCACCAAAAGAUCAGCUACAGUUGGAUGACAUGACAGGGGAACCUCGAAUAUCUGAAAGUCCUGAAAAUACUUGCAGGGGUUUUUCAGAGCUAAAGGCCUCAAACAAGCUUGAGUCCAGGUCAGCAAAGCUGUUGGUGGAGAGCCUGCCUAACAUGGCAGGGCUGGCUUCCAUAGCUUCAUCCGAGCUUGCAGAAACGUGUCAGAAGAGACUCAGAAAAAGUGCUCUGUGCAGGUCAAGAUCAGUGAUGAACUCAAAGAAGGCAGAUGACAUGAAACCAAUGAAAGCUAAGGAAAGGGGUUUUUAUCAGAAAUCCAAAAGCUGUAUUCCGCAAAAGGACAAUAGUCCAGUACCAAGUGUCCCAGAACCACCUUCUGCAUAUCCAAUUACGCCAUCUAGCCCACUUUAUGCUAAUACAGACAGCUUGACAGUAAUCACGCCUGUUAAAAAGAAGCGUGGGCGACCAAAAAAGCAGCCUUUGCUCACAGUAGAAACUAUUCAUGAAGGGACUUCUACCAGUCCUGUAAGUCCUCUCACCCGCGAAUCACCUGGCAUUUUGAAACAGAGGAGGAAGAAGCGCAAUUUGGCAAAUCUAAUGCCAGUGACUACUAUGAAUGCACCCCUUGGUAAUCAGAUAAAGCUCAAUAAGAGGGUAAGUUAUGCUGGCACUUUUGACAAAAAGUCUGUUCAGAAUAAAAAGAAACUGGUGAAAAUGCAAAACAUCUUGAAUAAAAUUUUGUCAUGUCCUGCCAGCAGCAGCCGUGCUCUGAAGUCAAAGAACCCAAUGUCAAACGUUGUUUCUACUGUGGCAUCAACAAUAGAGGCUAGUUUGGGCAAACAGAUCAAUGUCAGCAAACGAGGGACUAUUUACAUCGGAAAAAAGAGGGGUAGGAAACCCAGAGCUGUUAUGAAGGUCCAGCAAGAUGAGCACAAAGCCAGUGAUAAGCACCCUGUGCCUGUUUCUAGCCAGUUUGAGAACCUAGUAGUGCCUUCUAGUUCACCAACCACAGCCGGGAUGCCUUCUCCCAGGGCCAUGCAAACGCUCUCUGCCCAUGUUGCUGGAGCUGGUGGGAUACUGUGCCCUACCACCACUGAUGCCAGCAUGCAGGACUUGAAGACCAUGCCAAAUUUGCAACCUAUCAGUGCUUUGCCCACAAAAGCUCACAAAGCCUUGCUUGGUAGCAGUAGCUGGAAACUCUCACCCCCUCAGCUAAUGGCCAAUUCGCCUUCUCAUCUCUCUGAGGUGGCUUCCCUGAAGGAGGUCACUCUUUCCCCAGUCAGUGAGUCACACAGUGAAGAGACGAUCCCAAGCGACAGUGGGAUUGGCACUGACAACAACAGCACAUCAGACCAGGCUGAGAAAGGCCCUGCAUCUCGCAGAAGGUACUCUUUUGACCUCUGUAGUUUUGAGGCAUCAGAAGCUGCUGCACUAGAAGCUACCAGCAAAGCCAUGAGGGGGCACUGCCCGAAGCAUGUUACAACGGUAGCUGUUGAGAAUUUCCUUGCCCAGGAUAACAUGAAAAAACAAAAGCAUCGCAGAAAGCGCAAGAGCCUUCAAAGAAGAGAUGACCUUCAGUUCCUUGCUGACCUUGAUGAGUUAAUUGGGAAAUUCCAGGUCUUUAGAAUCUCACAUCGCACAUACAACUUUUACCCUGAGAAUUUGUAUCCAAGCAUCUUCCGGAUCAACUUUGACCACUACUAUCCAAUGCCAUACUUUCCAUAUGACCCUCUGCACUACCUUCGCAGGAAUUCUGAAAUGAAGUCAAAGAGAAGACGUGGUAGGCCGGCUAAAGCCAUCGAGCCAAUGACGAAGAUGCCUUUCAUCCAAGGGUUUGGCUACCCAAUUCCCAGCAGCAAUUACUAUGCACCCUACACAAUGCCUUAUUCGUCGAUGCCUAUUGCCACCAAUAUGAUGAACGUAGGUUAUUACAGUCAGUAUCAAUCCCCUUUUUACCUGUCCCAUACUCUUGGGACAGCAGCUUCUCCUUUCAUAAGGCCAGCAGUCCCGCCUCCCCCCCAGUUCCAUUCCGGUGCACAUGUUAAGUUGACGGCCUCAGCUAAACACAAAACUAAACACGGAUCCCAACAGAUGGCCUCUACUGGGAUGGACAACAGCCAGUCCACAUUAGUAGCACUCAAAGGUGGAAGUGGCAACUUGUCGAAUGUUCGCCUCCAUAAACACAAACACAAGCACAAGCACAAGUACAAGGAGGACCUUCUUUCUGGCUCCCAGAGGGAGGGUCUGGGUGGACUCUUCAGCGGAGCCAAAAACCCUGGCUUUCUUAGCCUUUUGAGUGAGAGGCUGGACAUCUCUGACAAAGAGCCCUCCUUGUCCAAGUUGAAAGACAAGCAGAGGAGCCCACAAAGCACACAAAGCCUGCCCAGGACCUCCAGGAACAUCUUUGAAGUAGACACACUGUCCACCCUCUCUCUGUCGGACUCUCAGCAAAGUAAGCGCAGCCGUGAGAGGGAGCGAGCAGGUGACUUCCACGCCUAUGCUCACCAGCAUGGCGAAAGCACGCGGACACGACAAGGCCUCUCAUCUGAACUUUUUGGGACAACAACCUCUGCUUUGGAGGAAGAAAAUGGCAUUCGAGGAAGGAAGCGGAACCUGGACAACUUUGAGAUGUUUAGGGAGCAGAACAUGGUGCCAUUCAGAAACACUGGGAUGGACAAAAUGCAGAAAAUGGUCCAUUGUCCAAGUCCUUUAUCUACAGAACACGGUUCUCCACUGAAACGAAGGUUAAAGCAGAAGGAGGUGGAGGAGGUGCAGUGUGAAGUGAGGAACAUGUGUUCCUUCUCCAAGAUCCUCUCCACGAAGAAGAACCUGGACCAUGUCAACAAAAUCCUCAAAGUCAAGAGGCUUCAACGGCAGGCUAAGACCGGCAACAACAUUGUGAAGAAACGGCGAGGAAGGCCCAGGAAGCAGCCCGUUCUGCUGGACCCUGAACCAGCCGGACAGAUGCCUGUGCUAGAGAAGUGUGUGGACCUUCCUGGGAAGAAGAGUGUGAGGACCAACCUACUUCCAGAGCCCCUGGAGUUCUCCAACCAUGACUCCAUCUUGGACACCAUUGAAUCGGUGGUGCAUAUGGCACAGUCACCACCCCAGCUGGCCAGGGGGGCCAAACGGUGGCAGAAGGCCCAAGAAGAGAACCAAGCCAAGCGUCCACGAAGGUGCAGGGGGUCAAAAGAGGACGAGGCUACCGCAACAGAGAGGAGCGCAGGCAAUUCUGGCCUCCUGCAAGCUAUUUACUAAAACUGUGUGCUGCAGCCGCCAGAACCUCACCCUGCGCCUUGGCACUCUUGGACAAUAUGGACAGAUAAUAGGGGUCAUUGUCGUUGGGGCUGGCAUUUAAUAUUAAGUUUAGGAGCAAAAAAAUCUUGCACUCCAGACAUAGCUCGCUUCCCCGGCGUCUGACUGUGUGAGCCAGUGUCCAGCAAAGCUCUAUCGUACUCUUGGCGGUUCUCUCCAGUCAUCGUUAAAUGGCUCAGCCGCACCUAUACCAGCAGCUGUAGAUAAUGAUUGAUUUGCUGAUACUGUGCAAUGCUGGUUACCUUGCCUUGAAAUCCAACUUUGUGAAAGCACCUGUACAGUAGGUCAAGUGUGUUAACCGAUGGUAUUUUAUUACAAUAAUCCACCCCUCCACCCGUCCCCGCCCCCCGUUCAGGAAUGCUCUGAGCAUGGGCAGAUGGCAAUACUUUGGAAAUAAGACCUUUUGGAUCUCUCCAGCUUUGCACCAAAGGUCUGUCUGUACAUAAGUAUUACAGUACAUGCCUUUUUCUCUGUACGACAUGUUUCAGAAAGUAUUUUUGACUUAGUGGUUUAUAAGAAACAGUUGAAAAGUUUUACCCUAGAAAAUUAAAUUUGGGUAUUUUUAACCAAAAUAGAAAGAAAUGUGUGAUUCCAGACCAGUUUGGCUUGUUGAAAAAAGUUCAAAAUAUCAUCUGAUCAAAGUUGAAUCACUGUUGCCCAAAAGUCCUCUUUCACUUUCUGUUUGUUAAUCUAAGCACUUAUAGACUUAAUUAAGCCUUACUGUUUGUCAGCAGCUUAAAUGGUACAUUUUGAUGAGCAGCAGAUAUCUAUAGCCCAUAGUUUUCCCCCACAUUUUAGAGUGUUCAUCACUUUGAAUAACUGGGACAACCAAACAUUUAUAUAUGAGACACAUCUGAGGUGCCAAAUACUACAGGUCAGCCCUGCAACCCAAUUUACACAUGUACCUGUAGUCUCGAUUUAUGUAGCAAGUGAAUAUAUGCAGAGCCAAAAGCUGGAUAUAUUUCAAAUGGGAUGCCACCAGUAUCAAAAUGGCAAUGAGAACAGAGCUUUGAUUUGAAAUAAGCUCUUUGCAAAAAAAAAAAAAUAAAUCACUUCAAGUUGCUAGACUCACCACUGCAUUGAUUAUCUGUGUGAUGCUCACUCUGUCCUUUUAUCAUAUUAGAAAGGUGUUUGUCAUUCAUUACCAGAAGGUUGGCUAUUUAUUUAUUCAAAAUGCUCUUUAAAAUCAAGAAUUAAAGUAUAGCAACCACAUUUUCAAUGACGAUUCUCCUUUGUUCUUGACAAAUGGCUCUUAGUUUCAAAGGGGGAUAAAUGGCAAUAACAGGAAAAGUAAAUCGCCAGGAAAAUGAACUCUUUGUACAGUGUUUUUAGACAAGAACUAAUGUUGUCAGCUCAUUACAUGAUACUAUAUCCCUGACACUUUUCUCUGCCAUUUCAGUAUUUUUGUUCUCAGCAUUGAGAGACUUAUAUAAGUAAACAUUUCAGUGGUUUUGAUGGAAGCCAUGGACUAAGAGUUACAAUCAGUGCGCAUAUAAGUUAAUUUGGGAAAAGCCGGUUGAAGUGUUACUCCAUACGUGGAGUGCCCCACAGUUAUUACUUGCGUGCCUUAUGUUUGUUUCCCAGUACAUAACAUUUCUUUUGGAAUGUUCUUGGGGGGGAAAAAACUGGAACCACAAACCAGAUAACAUCCUGUAAUUUUUACAAAAAUUGUGUUCUAGCGUCACAAAAUUCUAAGCGUACAUUCAAGUUGAUGCAGGAGUCAAUGCUGCAACAUACAAACCCCCUCCACUCCAGCCCUGCCAUCAGUUGGCUGCAGUCCAGCAGCAUGCGUUCAUCCUCAGAGCUCCACAUCCUGCGGAGGUAAUUUGAGCAAGCCUCUCCCAUUUGUGAGCGUGUCGUGAAUGGGGGUGGAGCGGGAGGGUGGGUGUGCACUCCUACCCCCAUGCAGCGGAAGAGAGCCCAAGUCCCUCCCUCACCCUAUUGCCCUCUUUGUGGUCGUUCUCUAGAUGAUGCCGUGUGUUUCAUGGUGUUCCUUUUCUCUCUUCCCUCUUUGCUAUGCAUCGUGUUGGUACCAGUGAACCAGCUGGCGGGCAAGUGGCCCGAAACUCGUUGAAUCUCUCCGUUGGUCGAUCCUUUUCUAACCGUGUGUGUGUAUGUAUGUGUUUUUGGGGUCCACCCUUUUCCCAGAAAUAAUUAAGUGGUCUUAUUUUAUGUCAUAAAGAAGGUAAUAAGCUUAAUAAAAAUGUGUUUCUGCAAAAAGUGACUAUCACUGCAACUGUUGUGACUGCAAAUGACCAGAACAUUCUGUCCAUCUGCAGUGUAGCCUUAAUUUGAAGUUCAGCUUAAAGUCCUUUGUAAAUAGUGUAAGUAUACUGGAUCUGACUGCAUGGAUGCAAACUGUGUUUAAUGUGCAGGUGGUCCAGCUUGUUCAGCCAGUCGCUUUUGGGUGGGUUGGGGGGUCAAGCCGAGGCCCUUGCAUCGAUUUCAUGCCUGAAAUAAUGUUCAGAGCUGAGUGCCACGGAGACCGGCAAAUUUGUAUCGUUGCUUUGACAAGGAAAAACAACUCGCGUUGGCUAACACGUAUUCCCAUCAGUCUGUGGUUCAAAAACGGCUUGUUGGCUCAAACAAUCAAGAGCCCCUUUUAAAUACUAUUGGAAGACAUUGCCAAAAAACAGGAAAAGUCCAUGUAAUCCCCAAUUUAAUGCUGAGCCAUUUCAAGUUUAUAAAGAAACAGAACCGUAAUUUGCAGCUUUUACCAAAAUAUACAAAUUCCAAAUAGUAACCCGUUAUUGGUAUUUAUUACUGUUUGGGAUCUUGAUGCGGGCAAUCUUGAGUUGAUGGACUAUCAUGCUCACAAGCAGUUGCUCUUCAGCAUGCUGUUUUAGUGUUGAAGUGUAAAAUACCAGAUGUUUUUACUUUACCAGCCGAUAUACCGGUGCCUUUUAAAGCUGAAAUGUAUUCUUUUCAUCUGGUUCUUAGAUUUCAACGAGAGAGAGUGAGGUAAAUUUAAUGUUACAGACUUGUAUUCAAAAGAGGUUAAUAGUUCUUAACUCAUCAUUUCCAUGAAUUGGGAAAAAGGAAAAACAAAACAGAUUUAACUGAACUGUGAAACACUAAACAGUGAACGUGAAAGAAAAUAUUAAGAGACAAAGACACAGAUUGCAUAAUAAUAGGACUUUUUUAACCAUAUCAUUCUUAAAACAUACAAAGUGCAGAUUAAGUAUUGAGAAAAUAAUUCAAAUGGAGUAAUGUCAUUCUCAAGAGCACAAACUGAGCUCUAAACUGUGUUGGUAAUUUUUAGUUUGUUAUACAUGCUGUUUUUAACCUCUUUUUAACAGAGUGGAUUUUUUCCUUUAUUUGCAUGUUCUACUUGAU